AUGCAUAUCAACAAUCCCCACUUCCUUGCCGAAGGACAACAGAGAUAGUCGGCAGACACAUACAAUUUUUUUUGCAUUUUAAUUUCGGUUUAAAAUUGCAUUAUUCCCAAACUUUCAACGCCACAUUGAGUGCACAGCGCGAACCGUUAUUGUUUUAAAGAUGCUGUGGUGGCGCCACAUUAAAUAGAUGCAGAUGCCGCUGCAACAGCAAAUUGCCAUAGCCGAAAAAUGAACAAUUUGGAGCACGUUAAACAUUUCUAUCCCGACAACUACAAAUUGGAUCUGUCCGAGACAAUGAAGGCGGCGCUGUCAAAGGGACCCGUAAACGGGGGCGUUGGAGUGGGCGUGGUCAAUACCGUCGUCGGCAGCGGUAACAGCAGCAGCAGCAAUCUGUCCAAUUCGAUGGGAGCUCCACAACACAGUGAUAUGCUGCAACAACAGCAGUCACAACAAUCCAACGCUGGCGUUGGCUAUGUAACCGAGAAGCUCUACAUGCUGCUGCAGCUGUACUUGCAGAACAAAGGCUGGAAUCCCAGCGCUGAGCUGCUGCAAUGCUUCAGCGAUCUUAAGGAUAAUGCAAUGUUGCCAAGUGCAGCAUAUUUGCAGGUGCUUGCCAAUCGCUUGACUUUGGACUCACAGGGUAGAUUAAUUCUGCGUGACAAUGGCAAGAUUGUUUUACCCUUUGAGCACUUUGCCAAUGCCGUCAUGCUGAAGCACAUGUCUGGCCCACAUGGACUCCACUUAAGCGUGGAUGCCACGGUGCGAGCAGUGAUCGAAUCCUAUACCAUUGGACGCGAUCAAUUUGGAAUGGAGAAGGAGUUCAUCAUAGAGGUUGUGCAAUCGUGUCCGAGUCCAGCGUGUCGCUAUUACAAGAAUCACAUGGGCAUCUCGCCCAUGCCUUUUAUGGAGCAGCAAUAUCCUGGCGUCAAUACGCCCGACUUCUUGCAACGGCUCUCGCAUUUGCCUCCCAGUGCAGCAGCUGGAAGUGCUGCUGCAGCUGCUGCUGUGGGCGCUGCAGCCGGUGGUAAUGCGGGAGGCAGCGGAGUCUCUAGUUCGAGCAAUAGCGCAGCCGCUGUUGAAAUUGAUCUGUCGAAAUCGAGUGGCACCAAAGUGCCGCCACAAUUGCAGCACUUGAGUAAGCAGCAACAGAGCAGCAUUCAAUCGCAGCUAUCGCAAAUAAGUGCAGCUGCAGCAGCAGCACAUCAUCAACAGCAGCAGCAGCAACAACAGCAGCAGCAACAACAGCAGCAGCAGCAACAACAGCAGCAACAACAACAGCAGCAGCAACAAGCACAGGCUCAAGCCAAACAUCAACAACAACUAACGGCCGCAUUGAUACAACAACAAAAUCGGGUACUCGCCCAGCAGAGUCUGGAAAAGCUCAAUAAUCUGAGCGCCCUGGAGAAGCAGCGUGUGUUUGCUCAGCUCGAUCCCAAGCAUUUUGAUCCCAUGGCCGUGGCGGCCGCAGCAGCCAACUUGCAGAUCCAAGGCAUGAUGCAGUCACAAGCGGUGGCUGCAGCUGUGGCCGCCAAUCAACAACAACAGCAGCAACCAACGCCUUUGGCUGCCAAUGCGCCCUCGACAGCGGUUAGUGCCAAUGCACAGGUUCAUCAUGGUCAUCACUCGUUGCCGCCGCCCUCACAGUCGCCACACUCUUCAUCAUCAACGUCCUCGCACUCCUCAAUGGAUCAACUCACGCACAAAAACAUCACAGAGUCGUUACGCUCCAAUCUGGAUUCGAUUGAAUCGAACAAGGAUCUCUUGGCGUUGCACAAUGGCGCCUGGGCCAGUCACGAUGCCAAUCGUUUGGAUCACAUGGGCGUCGGUCAGGACAAGAUUGUGCGUAUCUUUUCGGAGCUAAUGCGCAAUAUGUCGCGCAUGAAGACCUACAUAAGACCAUCGAUGUGUAAGCCCUACGGCAAGCAGAGUGAAAGUCUGCAGAAGACUCUCAUGGACACCAUACAAAUAGUGCAGACACUGCGUAAUUGCUUGCCAGCACCCCAUAUUCCUGUGUCGUCCUGGAAGAGUGAAAGCGAGGGAACUGUUGGUGUCGGUGUCGUCGGUGUAAGUGGCGUUGGCGUUCCACCUGGCAUGGCAUUAAAUGCGCUCGGUUUGCAGUCGGGUCGCGUGGACAAUUUGCACUAA